CCGCACCUCUUCUCUUCCCCCCUCCACCCCUCGAAUAUCUUCCCCCAAUCUCCCUCUCUCGUGAUGAUGAUGAUGAUGAUGAUGACGCCUCUUUCUCUCUCCUCGGCCCCCCGUCUCUUUCUCUCUCCUCUCGGUCCCGCCUUCCCGCCAAAAGGGCCCCGAACCCUAGCUCCCUCCCGUUUUCUCCGCCGGCCCCGUCGCCGAUCGGUCCCGCCGCUCGCCGCCUCUGCCUCUUCUCGCCAAGAAUCCAAGUACUUGGAAUGGGACUCGAUGACCGCGAAGUUCGCCGGAGCUUCAAACCUACCUUUUCUGCUAAUUCAGCUCCCUCAGAUCCUGCUCAAUUAUCAGAACCUCGUUGCCGGAGAUAAAGCUGCGCUCUUUGCAGUCCCCUGGCUUGGAAUGCUGACAGGCCUCCUUGGAAACCUGACACUGCUCUCCUACUUUGUCAAGAAGAAAGAAAAAGAGGCAAUUCUUGUUCAGACUUUGGGCGUCGUUUCAAUCUAUGUUGUCAUAGCACAGCUUGCUUUGGCUGGCUCCAUGCCCCUUCCUCACUACAUUGCGACAUCGGUAGUUGUGGCCUUGGGGUUAGUCUUGAACUUCCUGAAUUAUUUCCGAUGGCUUCAUAACGGGAUUUGGCAGCUUUGGGAGGAUUUUAUAACCAUAGGAGGGCUCUCAGUUCUACCACAGGUCAUGUGGUCGACAUUUGUCCCUUUCAUUCCUAGCAGCAUUUUACCGGGCACUGUUUCUUGUGUUAUAGCCACUGCUGCGGUUAUUCUGGCACGGACUGGAAAACUUUCAGAAAAAGGAAAGAACUUCGUCGGGUCACUAUCCGGAUGGACUGCUACUCUACUGUUCAUGUGGAUGCCCAUUGCUCAGAUGUGGACAAACUAUCUCAACCCGGAUAACAUCAAAGGGUUAUCAGCUUUGACACUGUUGCUUGGUAUGAUUGGCAAUGCGCUUAUGAUCCCACGUGCUUUGUUCAUCCGCGAUCUGAUGUGGUUCACUGGUGCCUCUUGGGCAUCCGUUUUGCAUGGAUGGGGAAACUUGCUAUGCAUGUACUGUUUUAACAGUAUCAGCAGAUAUUUCUUCUUUGGAGCAACAACUGGUUUGAUUUUAUGGCUAGGAAUGGCAUUGCGGCAAGAUAUGGUUGUAUAUGGGUACGGUUCACCAGUGAGAUCUCUGAAGGAGUUAAUGGUCGGAGAAUGAAGCACAUCAGUGCUAUGUGAAAUGAAGUUUUCAUCCACGGAAUUUGCCAAAUGAAAAUAGAGAUACCAGGUAUUGUUUUUUGGUUCUGAUAGGCGCGUAUUGUAUCUGUAUAUUGAUUAUAAUUCCAGGUUAGCUGUGUAUAGAUGACCAUAUACCAUUCAUGUUAUUGUUUUCUUCACCAAUAUUUGGUCGUAUAUUUUCCACAAUGUGGAUUGUAUCAAUAUGUGUAAGUGUAACCCAGCCAUUCAAUUGAAGUUUAACUUAGUUAUCAAUAUCUAGUAUUGUCA